ACUGCCCCCAACACCACCACUCCUCCCGCCGAGCUUGUUCCAGACAAGCAACACGACAUGGCCACCAUGACAGCCCCUACCCCACUGGGCUCCCUCGAUGCCCACGCUACAUCCUUCGGAGGAUUGCUCCAAAAGCGGCAGAAACGCCCAGAGCUCCCAACACGCAUCUCUCUGCCCAACUCGGAGCUAGACGACGAGGUCCUGCCCUCCCCGCCGCCCACACACGCUAUCCUCUCCCCGCUACCCGAGGCCAACAAGCUGCAUGCCGGCCACACUCCACUGAUACCCCGCGCCCUCUCCCCCGUCCACGACGACCAAGAGCCCGCUGCCGCUGAAGAACAAGCGCCUGCCACAGAGUACUAUGAGCCAGAGCCAAGCAUGCAAGCAGAUGACCAGCCCCUCAUCGGCCCCCUCAUGCUGCCCACGAACCCCGUCGAAGGUGCAAGUGACCACAUUGCACUCGACGUGCUCGACGACGUACUCGAGAAGGUGGCAAAAGACCAGGACAGGUUCAGCAGGCUCAAGGAUGCACCAGAGCCCGAAGUGGCGCAACCAGAUCCUCCCGCUGCACCGCCUGCAGCAGAUGCACACUCGGGCCUGCCACUAAGCCGAAACACAUCGUCCGACUCGCGCAAGUCGAGUAACAACAACACAGAAGUUGUCGAUGGCGUCAGAUUGAAGACUCCACCAUUGAAUUUUGGAGUCCCUAUAGGACAAGUAUAGUUCUAUUUGUUCCUCAACAGGAUUAUCAACAUCUCGGGACAUGUCAUUUUUCCAACGAGUUUUUUUUUCUACAUGUUUCAUUUCGCAUUCUUGCCAUUUUCGAAUUUACAAUGUGAGAAUGGGAUACCAUGGCACAAAUUGGGUAGGGGGGAGGGGGGCGGCGUUUUUGAAUGAUAAAAAAAACAAAGCAAAGCAAGAAGCCACAUGUCUCAAGAAGAAGAGUGCGGCGGUGGAACAGAGAGAAAGAAAAAGAAAAAGAAAAGAUGCGAUACCCAAAAAAAUUAUUUCCAUGUAUGCCCACCAGAGGCACCGUCAUCAUAUCCAGAGCCCCAUCGCAAAGGCUACAUAGACUUACCAGCCUUAGCGCUAUGCAAAAGGACAACAAUAGAAUUCCAAGCUGUGACUUA